UUUGAAGCUCUACACCGGAAGUGGGUGUGUAUACUGUCUGCAGCGUGACGUCAGAGAAGACGGAAACAAUAGCAGGCUGUGGCCGCGCGAGCGCAUCAAUCAGCUGAUCACAGAUCGAUCAGGAUUGAUCAGGAUCGAUCAGGAUGUUCCAGAACAAGAAGAGCAGCGCGAGGUCCUCGGGCGACCGUUUGAUCAUCAAAGGAGGAAAGGUUGUCAAUGACGACCAGUCAUUCUACGCUGACGUCUAUGUGGAGGAGGGAACCAUCAAACAGAUCGGUGAGAACCUGAUUGUCCCGUCUGACGUGAGGACGGUGGAUGCGUACGGUCAGCUGGUGAUCCCCGGAGGUGUUGACGCCAACACCAAUCUGCUCGCUCCACAGAAAGGCCUGAACCCGACUGAUGACUUCUACCAGGGAACUAAAGCCGCAUUAUCCGGGGGAACCACCACGAUCAUCGACCAUGUGCUGGUGGAGCCGGGCACUAGUUUACUAUCAGCGUUUGAUCAGUGGAAGGAGACGGCAGAGCAGAGGACGUGUUGUGACUUCUCUCUUCACCUGGACAUCACUCGCUGGCACGAUGGACUUUAUGAGGAGUUAGAGACGCUCGUCAAAGAUAAAGGUGUGAACUCCUUCCUCUUCUUCAUGGCGUAUAAAGAUAAAUAUCACAGCUCCGACUCUCAGCUCUACGAGGCGUUCGGAGUCCUCCGAGAUCUUGGAGCCAUUGCCCAGGUCCAUGCAGAAAAUGGUGACAUCAUCGAUGAGGAACAGAAGAAGCUUCUCACUUUCGGCAUCACUGGACCAGAAGGACACGUUUUAUCUCAACCUGAGGAGGUGGAGGCGGAGGCGGUUUAUCGAGCCAUCACCAUUGCCAAACAAGCCAACUGUCCACUUUACGUUACCAAGGUCAUGAGCAAAUCUGCAGCUGAUGUCAUCGCUAAAUCCAGGAAGAAAGGUAUAGUGGUUUAUGGGGAACCAAUUACAGCCAGUUUGGCCACUGAUGGCUCUCACUAUUGGUCCAAAGACUGGGCCACAGCUGCUGCCUUCGUCAUGAGCCCACCCGUCAACCCUGACCCCACAACUCCACAGUACUUGACUUCUCUGCUGGCGUGUGGUGACCUCCAGGUGACCUCCAGUGCUCAUGCCAGUUUCUCUACGGCUCAGAAAGCCAUCGGAAAAGACAACUUCACUUUGAUUCCAGAGGGAACCAAUGGGAUUGAGGAGAGGAUGUCGGUGGUCUGGGACAGAGCUGUGUCGUCAGGGAAGAUGGAUGAAAAUGAGUUUGUUGCAGUUACCAGCACCAAUGCAGCUAAACUCUUCAAUAUUUACCCCAAAAAAGGACGCAUCGCUGUAGGUUCUGAUGCUGACAUUGUCGUAUGGAACCCGAAGGAGACACGAACUGUUUCUGCAAAGACUCACAACCUGGUACCAAUAUCAACAGUGGAAGUGAACAUCCUGGAAGGUUUGGAGUUUCGAGGCGUGGCAUCUGUGGUGAUCAGUGGAGGUCGAGUUGUUAUUGAGGAUGGAAAACUUAACGUGAUUGAAGGUUCUGGACGAUUUGUCCCCAGGAAGGCUUUCCCUGAUGCUGUCUACAAGAGGAUCAGAGCCCGCAGCAAGAUGGCAGAGACUCGUGGAGUUCCCCGAGGAAACUAUGAUGGUCCGGUUCAUGAUGUCAUCAGCAUGACUAAAUCAGUCCCGCCCACUCCGACCAGCAGAGGGCCCGUCUGUCCGAAAACCCAGACUGCCCCCCGAAACCUCCACCAGUCAGGAUUCACGCUAGCUGGAGCUCAGAUUGACGACCACAUACCUCGUCGCUCUGCUCAGAAGAUUGUGGCGCCUCCUGGUGGACGAUCCAACAUCACAUCUUUAUCUUGAAACAACAACUUCACUUUUACUUCAAGAUACAACUAGACCUACUGCAGCCGUACAAAUCUUACAACUAUAUAGCUGGGCCUUAGUAUCACUUCAAUUAUGAUGGAACUUCCUUAUAAUUCUGAAACAAAAAUAUUUGAACUAGUUCUAAAUCCGAUAAUAACCUCAAAGGUAACGUUAAACUCUGCAUCCUUUCAAAACCUACAAGUACACAAACAGAAGUAAAUCCCUACAACUGAAGUACUUUAAGAAAUACUUUUCCCAAACAACAACCAGACAACUAUUUAAAAAAAAACUAUCGCUAAAUCCUACAGCUACGAUCCUUCAACAGUCGUAGAACUGAAUGUUACAACAAUUACAACUCAACAACUAGGACUAAACUGUAGAGCUAACACUUCAUCUUAUAACAGUCAAUCAGUAGAACAGAAUACUAUGACUUCAGAAAAAAAAAACUUCAACCUCCAAACACACAACAAUAAGUAAUAUAACUUGCAAUUAGAAUGCUUGGUUAUGUUGUCGCCUUGGUUCUCCGAAGUACUUGGAUAUUUCUUUAAGACACACCUGCCUGCCUGGCCACGGCCUUCAGUUUAUCUGUAAAACACCAAUGUUGACGUGGAACCAGUUUAUAGUACAAUUACUACGACAACCUAUGAUUAGUGCUACACCCUACUGCUAGACCCUGCAACUAGUACUACACCCUUACAAAAGUACUACAGCCUUCAACCAGUAUUACACCCUACAAAAAAUAAUAAAUCCUACAACUAGUACUACACUUUACAGCUAGUACUAUAUCACACAACUCGUUCUACAUCCUACAGCUAGUAUUAUGUCCUACAAAUAGAACUACACCCUAAUCCUUCAAACAGAACUUUGUGUUUUUUGAUAAAUUUCUUUAAAUGAGAACUCUAACAAUACUUCCUCUCAUCUUGGGUUAGGGUUAGAAAGUAACUGUAAUAUUAGUAUUAAUAUUAGUAAAAAUGAUAUUAGUAGAAGUAAAAAGCCUGGACAUUCCUGUUGUUUCUUUUUCAUUCAUUUAACUUCAUCAUCAGAAAAAUGAUCAGAACAGUUUCACAUUGUGGAUUUUAAACGUUAUUUAACUGCGAUUACUCUGUUACCUGCAGUGGUUGUUUGUCCAGAUGUUUCAGUCUCAUUUAUGUUUGAUUAGUUCAGUUAUUUCACUGUGAGACAUUUAAAAUAAUCUGUGGUGACGUCCUCAGUCCUGUCAGUGUUUCUAUUGGUUGGACUGACUCCAGGUUCUUUGUCCCAACAGGGUGAACCCAGUACCUAUUUUUUUUUUUUGAACUAAUCAGUUUUAAUAACAUUAGACAUCAUGUGACUGGAAAUGGUGCUAAUAACUCCAGUGAUACUUGCUACCGUUAAGAGAAAUCCCUUCGAAGCCAUGCCCCUUUAUGAUUAAAACAUGACAUCAUAAAAUGACUCCACCCCCAGAAGAAUCCAAAACAAAUGAAUAUCUUCACCCCCCCCCACAAGCCAAACUUUUUAACUAUGGUUGAAGCAACUAAAGUAAUUAUUGACCACAGACCAUGGCUAGUGUUCGACGUUGACCUCUGACCCCUAACCACUGACUUCUUUGACCUCUGACCUCUGAAGGGAUUUUUUUACAGUGUGUUUGUUUUGUUGAACACUUCAUUUUAUAACAUGAUCAUUUUGUAAUUUUCUACAGUGUUUGCAUCCUGCAGUGUUAGCAUCAGUUGUCGUUGUCAUAGUCAUAGUCAUAGUGUUGCCAUGUUGUAGCUAUGGUAACAAUAACUUGUUUUGGCCAACAUUUCUGUAAAUGCUGUUCUUCCUAGGAGAUGUUCAGACAGAUGUUUGAACAGAACAGCUAGAUAAGAGAUAAAACAGUGAAACAGCUGGAUUAGAAUUAAAAAAGGAGAACAGAUGGAUUACAAUUGAAACAGGGGAACAGCUGGAUUAGAGAUAAAAAAAGAACAGCUGGAUUAGCAUUAAAACAGGAGAACAGCUGGAUGUGGCUCCAACAUGGCGGGGUUUUCUUGUAGGCUGAUGUUUUUCUGUCCUCACAGAUACACUGAAGCCAAAAGAACGCCUUCUCCCUUUAAACAAUGAUUAUUGGCAUAUCUGUCGUUGUGGACGUAAAGAGGGGUUACCAUGGUGAUUGCUUUAUAUCUGUUGUGUAGUGAUUGUGAAACGACUUCCAUUUGUGAUGAGUGUUGCAUGAAUAAAC